UACAUGAUCGCUCUGGGCUCAGAUGUGGUUUAAGCGUACUAUUCUGGCUUCGCGGCUGAGAUUGUUUAUCGUGGCUCUGCAUUCCAGAGUACAUACACCACUGAAAGAAUCAUCUGCCCGUGUUGUGGGAAUGUUACCGUAUUAGUUUCUCUGGGCUUUUUGUGGAUUUACGGUGUCAAGGACUAGCUGGAAAGUCUGGCUUUAUCAUAUACUCGCGGAACCGAUUGAAAUGGGUCACAUCUGGUCAUGUGAAUAUCACCUGACCACAUCGCGUAGAAACUUACUAGGAAGGCCCUAACUUUGCUUCAAUCUUCAGCCGUUCUCUCUUCUUACCAUGUCCAUCGCUGAGGUGCCCGAAAGUUAUCUCGCUAUCUUGGCCUCGUCCCCUAAACAACGCGAAGAUCGCAAAGGCGACCAAAACGAUUAUGAACGUCAAAUGCUGGGGUUACUUGAUGCGCUGGCGAGAAUAUGUGUAUCCCAAGCAGAGGGGGAGGUCUACGCGUCGGCAAUGGAGACAGGUCCAGACUCGUGCACAAUUUUCAUCAUUGGGAAUCACGAAGAGGUCCCACAAGCAACACAAGACUAUCUCACUGACGUUUGUCGCCAGCUCACGGACGUAGCAAAUCUCGUGGACACUGUAGGACGGAAGACACCAUCGAUCGACGAUAUUCCUCAGGAUAUCCGAGACACGACCGAUAAUAUCUUGAAAACUAUCACGGCUUUCACUUUCGAAAAGUUCUUGAGUCGUGUCACGAAAAAGGACGGCCGUUGGCGGGAUCGAAUGCGAGAGAUUGAUCAACUUGUGGAUGAAGCUGAUAGACAGAAGUUCGAGAAGCUGAAGAAUGCUCUCAAUAUCCUCCAUCAAGUUGCCACUUUCCAUACAACGGAUAUAUCGUCGAUCCUCCAAGUUCUCACCGAGGUGUCUCGGCGUUGGAAAUUUAGCAAUCCGGACACAGAAGCGUUUAUACGUAGGGUCGAUCUCCUACACUGGCAGACGUGUGAUCAGACGGACGUACCAUUCCUCAUCGAACGAUAUCUGCGAAAAGUGAUGAAGACGUUCAAUGAAACGGCGAAGUUGAUACAUUUUGCUCUAUCCCCUAACCGCAGCCAUAUAUUCAAAAAUCCACCUAAACUCAUGUUUCUGCGCUCUGCGAAACGCCGUGUAGAGUUGGACAUCAAGACAGCAGUCAACACGCUUCGACGGAUGGAUAGGGACUAUAUUGACAGGUUCCUCGGCAGUGAGGGAGAGCGGAUCGAAGAGCAGUACACUUGCUGCCCUCAUUGCGAAUGCACGAUGCUGGCAACAAUCCUGCAACGGUGGAGAAUGCAGCAAAGGCCUGCUCCUAUUAUCGGGGUUUCUAAGCUGUCUUGCCUUGGGUGCCACCUAUUUUUCCUGGCGUACAAUAGGGCACGUUCUCAAUUAACAGAGACUGACCUGCCUUUGGAGUUUGUCGUGACUGGAGCACACAACACUCUCUACCUACCAUGGGUUUCACCAGAUUUGACAUCUAUCGAUCCUAGUCUACAUGCUGGCGUCCAGGAACACCUGUUGAUAUUAGCACGGGGAGCGUCUAUAGCGCCUGUGAUCGAACUGUGUCGCCGAAGCUCAGAGAGUACCACACCUUCAUCAGAGGAAGGCGAGGUUAUGAAAGUUCUUGGAUCCUGAGGGGAAAUUUGAGGCCGAAAUGGACAUAUCAGUUUAACCGAACUUCGCCACUCGCUUGUGUAAUUCUUGUCACACAUGACUGUACUCGAGUCAAUGGUUUCUGAGGAGAGAGGUUGUACUUGAUCUGUGACGUCAGUGGUCGGUCAGCUCAUAUUGGAGGGCUUCAAAAUAAUACCGAUAUGCUUUGCAUAAGUUUUGCAAUCCCCUUGGUACUAAUGAAUAGUAGAGCGUUAUACUAUCGGUCCAGCUACGCUGA